AUGGCUAAAAGAGAGUACACCAUAUUUGCUCCAACAAACGCUGCAUUCUCCAAACUUCCCCAGUCUGUCCUUGAUGGUCUACAGAGAGAUACCACCGCUUUGGCAAAUAUACUGAAAUACCACGUGGUCAAAGGCUCCAUUCACAAGGCCGAUGCAUCCAAUGAGCUUCAAUUGGAGACUUUGGCGGGAACCAAAAUCAGAUUUAACAUCUAUAAUCACAAUCACGUUGUUACAGUGGAAGGAUCCAAAAUCACACACUUCGACCUGACCGCCUCUAAUGGUAUGGUGCACGUGAUUGACAUUGUGAUGAUGCCUCCUGCAGGAAGCAUUGUGGAUUUGGUGGCCGGCAACAGCAACCUGGGCACUCUUCUGUCUCAGGUCCAAUCAGCAGGAUUGGCCGGGGCACUACAGGGCGAUGCUCUCACAGUGUUUGCACCAACCAAUGCUGCGUUCAAUAGACUUGGCAGUCAUGUUUUGGACAAUCUUAGAAGAAACCCACAGCUUCUUAAAGAAAUUCUGGAGUACCAUGUCGUUCCUCACACUGAAUACUCAGCUGGAUUGUACAACCGAGAAUACCUCAGAACUCUUGAUAUUCACCAUGACGUCAUCAGACUUGGAGUCAGCAGUACUGGUGUUGUUAUCAGUCACCGUUCUUACGUGACACAAGCCGACAUCAGCGCUACCAACGGUGUUGUACACAUCAUAGAUCACGUACUUAUUCCGUCCCGUUAUCUUUUCUCUGCGAUAUUGGGGAAAAAGUAAUCAUCUGAGCAAAGCACUUUGAUAUUUUUGAAGUCAUGUCUCCAUUUGAUCACACAUUGUAAUUGUAUGUACUUGUUAUUGAAUAUGCUUGUUAUUUUUAUUGACUGAAAACGUUAUAAACUGCA